AUGAAUUUAUUCUACAGCUCAUCUGAUAAAAAGUCCUGGCGCUUAAUUAUAUACAACUCUGUCUGUAUGAAUUCGAUUGGACCUAUAUACAAGGUCUCAUCUACUAUUGAGGAAAGUGCAUCAAAUACGCCUUUCACUCUUUCUCUUUUCUCUCCUGUAAAUUGCAUAUUUUAUACAAUUUCUUCCAAUAAGUCUGCAUCAUGCAAGUCAUCUUCUUUUGCAUAUUGA